AAGAGAUAGUCCAUUGAAAGCAGUUGAAUGCCAUGACAACUAGGAACAACCUCAGAUUUAUUCCAAACAGUUAGAAAGCAUUGUGCGCGGGGCGUCAAUCAUCUAUUAUUUCGCCCCUGAAAUAAAUGCAAAAACUGCGGCCGGACAAAAGCUUCCAACAGGAGCCGGACAUUUGUCUACAUUUCCUCCAUUGUCUGCAGCUUAGCAAUCGGUUUGUAUUUGUGUUUGCCCGGGUCCGACCACCCAGGAUGCGCAGAGGACUUGCUAAAAAACGUGAAACAUUGUCAACCACAUCACAUACUGGAGAGCAGGCAGAGGGAGGAGAACGAAGGGGAAAGUCUUGAGGGAAAGGAAAAUAAAGUAAGCAACAAUGAUAGUCGGAUUUCCACUGAAAAAGCAAGAGGGAGCACUUUAAGGGGGGGCUGAAAACAAAUAUUAGGAUGCGCUGCCACGAUGAAUAGAGGGGCGAUUUAUUUGGGGAAAACUCAGAAAUAAAGAAAUAUAAAUAAUAUUUAUUGUUGCAUAAAUGGAUGAUUAAUUCGAAGAAAUAUGUAUACAUAAAAACUAAUUCAUCCAGGCCGGUGUUUUGUCUACCACUUUAUGUUUUUAUUUCUUAUUUUUCAACCAAAACCAGUCAUUUACACAUUAUUCCAAAUAUAUAUUUGUAAUUAUUAAUAUUGCUUUAAUUAUAACUAUUAAUAUUUUAUUUCUAGCCUAAUAAAUAUUUCAUUACUGGUUAUUGUAUUUGGUAUUGUUGCUAUUGUUGGUUUUACGGUCCUUAUAAUCAGCAGUACAUUUGGAUUGGCCUACUGUCUUAAAUACUUGCUUAACGCUUUUAGACAAACAGUUCAGCUUCAGUUUCAACAUUCCCUCUUGUCCUUAAGCCCUGGCAAAAAUAUUGACACAAAAGGUUUACAUAAAUUAUCUCCGAAUAUUUGAACAAUAGCCGCUCUUCUUUUCGGUUCCCAUAGCUUCAAAUAAAGAAUACGCAUCGGACCCCUAAAUGUACUGUUUUAUAAAAAAAAAGAAAAAAAGGUGGAAUUUAAUUGUGACGAAAAAAAUGCAAAAGCUUCAGUUGGAGCAAUUUGAUAAAACUGGCUUUUUAAGUAUUGUGAGUAUAAAGCUACUUGGAGGUUCUUUGUAUGUAAAUAGGGUGUAAAAAAGGCCCUCCCCGUCUUUGUAAUUAAUUGACACGUUAUACCACUCAUCAUGCUCUGAAGCACCAAUGGUAGAGGCUCGGAUCUCCCCAAAACCCACAAUUUCACAUCUGCAAACACUGUCUUCAUCCACUUGACUCCUAAGACCCGCCCACACGUGGCCAACCUUUCGCGUGUUUUAAUGCUUUUUCACUGCAGGUUCAUGUGUUGAGACCAACCUUAUAUGGACUGAUCGGACAAGAACAGCGGAUUGUGCGAGAAGCUGGUGCAGCAACUUUUCCCUACAUAUUUCCCCCCCUCCACCAGAAUAUGUCGUUGACCAACACAAAGACGGGCUUUUCUGUAAAGGACAUUUUGGACCUUCCUGACACAAAUGACGAAGAAGGAUCUAUCACCGGAGCGGAGGAAGAUACGGAGGGAUCGGAGACCACAUCCACGACAAAGACCACUGGAGUUUUGGUGCAAAGUCCUCUAGAAAACGUUCAAAAUCUGCCUUUAAAGAACCCCUUUUAUGACAGUAGUGACAAUCCUUACACACGAUGGCUUGCUACUACGGACAGUAUUCAAUAUUCAUUGUUUCUCCCGUUUCUUGCCGCAGUGCACGGCCUCUCCGCCAGCUCGCAGGACUCGGCCAAGUCCCCGGAGCCGUCCGCAGACGACGAAUCGCCGGACAACGAUAAGGAAACUUCCAGCAGCGGCGGCAGCGACUCCGGCAAGAAGCGAAAAAGGAGGGUGUUGUUUUCCAAGGCGCAGACCUACGAGCUGGAGCGUCGCUUCAGACAGCAGAGGUAUCUUUCCGCGCCGGAGAGGGAGCACCUGGCCAGCCUGAUCCGCCUCACCCCGACCCAGGUGAAGAUCUGGUUCCAGAACCACCGGUAUAAGAUGAAGAGAGCCCGGGCCGAGAAAGGUAUGGAAGUGACCCAUCUCCCUUCUCCCAGGCGGGUGGCCGUGCCCGUCUUAGUCAGGGAUGGAAAGCCUUGUCACACUCUUAAAGCUCAGGACUUGGCGGCCACUUUUCAGGCCGGGAUCCCCUUCUCGGCUUAUAGUGCCCAGUCACUCCAACACAUGCAGUAUAACGCGCAGUACAGCGCCGCGGCCACGGCACAGUUCCCCACAGCACAUCACUUGGUGCAAACGCAACAGUGGACUUGGUGAGAGAAAUGAUAGAGACUUGGCUUGGAGGCACGAUAGGGAGUUUCACCACAGAGCAAAGAAAAAAGAUAAAACACAAAAAACAAAAGACUUUUCAUUUUUGCAGCUUGACUCAUAUAUAUACUACCAUUUUUAUUCGGGGCUCAUGUGUGCGCCGUGUUUACAUGUUUUCGUUAAGAGAACUGGGUCCGAACCUCUCCCUUAUAGAUUUUAUUCAGAAUGUCAAUGCUCUUCUUGUGAUUUUUUUUGUAAAGUAUGUUGUGUGUUGGUUGUAGAGAUGUUUUCCUCUUUUUAUUUUCUUUUGUCCCCUCGUGUUAUUAUCAGCACGUACGAACCACUUUAUAAUUAUAGAAAUUUUAAUUUCUUGCUUCUUUUAUGGACCGAAAAAAUAUUUAUGGCCAUGAAUAAACACUGGCAACUUUUCAGAAA